AUGGACACCAAUGCAGGCCUAAGCGGAAACUCAAACCCGUUUAGUGGAAGCAAUAUAUCGAAAUCAGUACCUAAAUCUGGCACGUCUCUAUCGCCUAGUCCUGAUAACGGUGAUAUUGUCCCUCGUGACAAGAAUGGAUGUUACAAGCUGGAUAUCCCUGUGCUACCGCCCGCAGUGUUUGAAGAAGGUGAUGGCGGCGAUUCAAUGGAAGGCAUAGAGCACUCUGGAGGUGCUGAGAUACCAGUUGAAGAGGGAGGAGAAUUGGCUGGGAGAGACAAAGAAAAGAUCGAUGCAAGCUUUGUUGAAAUGAUGCGUCAUAAUAGGAGUAGGCAUAUUAAUGGCGAGCCAUCUGGUAUGAACUAUCACUUGCUGCUACUUGUCUACCUGGAAAUAAAACUAGUUCUAUUAGAACAACUGCUAAUGAUAACCCUAGAAGUGUUCCUAUUAGUUCAGCAAAACCUCAGGGACAGCGUAUUAAAGCUCGAAGAGGAUAAUUGGAUGUUCGAAGCUGAGGAAGAAGUCAAACUAUAG